AUGAAUUGGCCUAGAAUAAGUUCGGGGGAGGCGGAAGAGGCCGGGACGCAGAGGCGCAGGGUCGACAGGGCGGCAGGGCGGCAGGGCAAGCAGGGCAGGCAAGGCGGGUCGGGCGGGCGAGGCGCGCGGCUGCUGCGGAGGGCGGCGGCUGGCGCGGCAGUCGCGCGCGAGCACGUGCGCAUACCGUCUUGCGCUGCCGCGAUUCCUGCCGCCCGCGUCCUUGCUUAUAUAUAU